GAUUCCCAUUGCGGACUCGCGAUGGUCGCCAUCUUUGGCGUCGUCACGACGCCGGUGCAGAAGCCAUUUUGGCUCAAGAGUCUAGCAGCCAAGUUAUCUGUGCACCUCGCCCAUGGAUCGCGCAGGGUGGCAGAGAAACCCUGCUACGGGUGCGCCGCAUGGCGCGGAGUUCCUCGUCCUCCUCGUCCUCUAGCGGCGAACGGGGAAAGAAGGACAAAAAGAAAAAGGGCAAGAAGGAGAAGAAGGAGAAGAAGGACAAAAAGGACAAGAAGGGCAAGAAGGACAAGAAGGACAAAAAGGCCGCCAGCAAGGAGGCGCAGGCCAGGAGCAGGGCCGCUGCGUGGGAGUGCGACCGCGCCGAGGCGAAGCGCCUGGUGAAGUCGCUGCUGGAGCUGGACGCCGAGGUGGCCGAGGAGCUCGGGGCCGUCUUCGAGGGCCUCGACAGCGGCGCCCUGGUCCGCCUGGAGUGCGUGGCGGAUAAGCAGGCCCGCAAGAAGCUGCGGCACCUCCUGCAGGCGCCCGGCGGCGCGCCAAGCUCAGGAGGGG